UAAUUUAGGAUCUAAAGGCAAGAAGCAAUCUCCUUGCAGUUCAGAGAAAAAAAAAAAAAAAAAAAAACCUUACUUUCAUCGUUGCCAUACCAUCGUAUAGCUAAAAAUCGUGUCCUAGUUUGGAGUUUAAUUUAGAUCUCCAGGGACACAACCAUGGAGUUUUUAGGGAUUGAUUUCAGCUGCGCAUUCGGAUCUCUACUCCACGGUAAAUUCCCUGACAAGGACUGUUUGCUUCCUCUCAUCUCCAAACUCCUUGGCUAUUGCAUCGUCGCCGCCUCCACCACCGUCAAAGUUCCUCAGAUAAUGAAAAUUUUAAGGCAUAGAAGUGUCAGAGGACUUAGUGUUGUCGCCUUUGAGCUAGAAGCCGUAGGUUAUACUAUAGCUCUUGCUUAUUGUCUUCACAAAGGCCUUCCCUUUUCGGCUUAUGGAGAAUUGGCGUUCCUUUUGAUCCAAGCUAUCAUUUUAGUUGCUAUUAUCUACUACUUUUCACAACCUGUGCCUACAGUGACAUGGAUCAGGCCAUUACUAUAUUGUGCUGUAGCACCAACUAUUUUAGGCGGUCAAAUUGAUCCCAUUCUGUUCGAAGCUCUGUAUGCAUCCCAGCAUGCAAUCUUUCUCUUUGCUAGGAUUCCGCAGAUAUGGAAAAAUUUUUCUAACAAAAGCACAGGAGAGCUCAGCUUCUUAACUUGUUUUUUGAAUUUUGCGGGUUCUAUGGUGAGAGUUUUUACUAGUGUGCAAGAAAAAGCUCCAAGUAGUGUUGUUUUGGGCUCCACCAUUGGUGUCAUCACCAAUGGUACCAUUCUCAGUCAGAUCCUUUUAUACCAAAAGCAGGAAGCCAAAAAAGAGAAGAAAGACAAGUAAAAGGAAAUCAGAGCAUAGCAAACUUUGCUUCAAUUAAAGGUUCAACAAUAGCUGCAAGUUGGCCAGUAUUUCAUGGCCUUGAAUGCUUCACCAUUUAAAGUUGAGUAUCAUCUUUCUAUAAACUAGGGUUACAAAAGUAGUGAAUUUAGGUUUAUAUUAGUGUUUUGUGGGGCCAGAUUGCUGUAGUCAUGAAUGCAUAAUUUUAAUUUAUCAACAGUCUUCAAGAACCACUCUGUUGUUUUUGUCACAUAUCUGUUCUCUCUGUAUUGGUUAUUAUUAUAUCUUGAGAUAUGCCAUUUAGUGGUGAUCAUAGUCCAUUUCUAUUUGGGAAAGAUUACUGGAACGCCUUUUGAGUUCAGCAUAGUUAACAGUAUUUUCUUUUCUU